GACCACCGCAGAUCAGAGGUUCUCUCUGGGCUGGAGGGAUUGGGGGUUCCCGGCCUUCGCGCAGGGCUGAACUAUUCUUUUCAGCUAUUUCUCCGCGCUGGUCCUGGGUGCUGCUUUGAAGUUUUCCCUCUUCGCUGUACGCUACACAACUGCUCUGCCGAUGGCAUCCCCUGCAGCUCUGCUGCCUGGUGCUUCGGGGUGAGCAGCUGCGGCUCCGUCCAGAUGUGAUCUGUGUGGCCAGGGCUCCCAGCGAUGCUCUGUGCCCGGUUUGGAUUGGCUGUGCUAGCCUCGGGGUGCUCAGGAGGGGACUCUGUUAACAGCGCUGUCUCCAUCCUUGGGUACACAUGGGUCUGUUUUGUUCUGUGGUUAUACAGUGCCUGGCACAGUGGGGUCCUGGUUUGUGACUGGGGUCCUGGGCACUCCGGUAACAUAAACAAUAAUCCCACUUUCUUUCUGACGCACCCUCUCCGCGAAUCUCCACUGCACGUGGAUCUUUGAGCUUGGAGAAAAAUAAAUCGGUGACUUAAACAUUGUUAAAACUGGUUCAGAAAGGGAGGGAAAAAACACAUCACUUUGUCCCCCGGACUUUUGGCUCCGUCUUGAAUGAAAUUAAUAGGGUUAUAAAAUGUCGACACAUCUGAAUCUCAGAGAACAUUUAUUUUAGCUUUUAGAACAAUACAAAUAGCUCAGAGCCUAAUUUUUACACCCGCAGAUGUGUAUUGGCCCAUAGACAGGUCUACGCAGCAUCAGUGGCAUGACACGUGAGCAUACUGGGCUGCCAAGCGCUCUCGAAAAGAAAUACUCUCGUAACGGUGCCAAUGGCUACAAGAGUGUCACUGCCACAUUCGGGGCUAGUGCUGGCGUACUUUUAGAAAGACGGAAUGAGAUGGCUCUGUUGCACAGCUUUACUUUGGAGACAAUCCUUCAUCCAAACCGCAUCCCAGAGUGCUGCAGAGCAGGGGUGCUCAUAUUUUCAUAGGGUGGACCACAUUGUAAUAGACAGCCGGUCUCAUGGACCCUCUUCCUUCCCAUGUGCCAUUGCCCGCACCGCCCCUCCCAUUCAUGAUCACCUGCGGUCCUGCCUCCUCCCUGUUCUUCAUCUAGUUGGCACAGGGACACUGCACAAUUACCUGCAUCGAAAGUGAAUGUUAGGAAAGCAUUUAGGAGCUGACUUAGGGUGCUGAGUACCCACCCCCUUCAACUGAAGUUGGGGAGCUGCCGGCUCUCAGCACCUCUGACCAUCAUGCCCUUGGGGGUAUUUUAGCUGACUUGUGAUGCCAUCUAGCAGCUGGAAAUCAGACCCACAUAACCAGCAGCAAGUGCUCUGCAGAGUCCCAGUCCUGCACGGAAAGCAAUUUGGGAACUGCCUUUGCAGAGAGUUAGUUAAAGCCAGAUCCUCAAUGGCUGUAAAUCACUGUCGCUCCAUUGGCUUCAAUGAGUUGGCUCAAUUUACUCCAGCUGAGGGUCUGGCCCAGAUAGUACAAGAGUUGAUAGCGUGCUGGGAAAAAUGGGAAAUUAUUUUGUUUUGUUCACUGGGCCACUCCAGUGAGUCAUUAAAAAGCAAGCUGCUGCCCUCUUGGUCGUUGCGCAGACACUACAGAUCUUUGGGUCGUUUUCAGAACAGUCGAGGUUUGUCUUUUGUCAAAAUUUCCGCGCUGUUUGCUGUGCACCCCAGAGGUGGCCGCAUUUCAGCAGUGUUGUUGGCAGGGCACCUUGAGAUGAAAGUCUCUAGUGAGAUGUACAAAUUCAAUCCAAGUCACUCAUGCAAGCUUCUGUUUCUGUAGGUAUACCGCUGCAUUCUCGCCUUUCAUAUUUGCAGUGGUUUUGUAACAAAAACCAUUUUAAAUGCAUGUGUCAUUUUCUUACUUUGACAAACCAAAGCUAAAAUAAUCUGGAUUGAAUUAAAAUCAAGUAUUUAGUGCUUUGUCUUUAAACACAGUAACCAGAAUGUGGGAUUUGUGUGAUUGGCAGCCUGUUCCUACUUUCUGCUGGCUGCCUGGCUCCCAGGAGAGCAGCGCCAGCAGCAGCGGGGGGUUAACCAGUGGAGGAUGACGGGUGUUCGGGCUUAUUUUUUAAUAACCACUUGUAAAAUCUUUGUGGGAAGUAGAGACUCGGAUUAAGUUAAACCGAGGCUGUGUUGCAGGGAGAAUCUCAUCCCAUGGAAAUGUCUGCAGUUAAAUAGCAUUCCUUCCACAGUAGCGGCACCUUUCCUCCCAGCACUGAAAUGCUGCCACCUCUGAAGUGGAAGAAACCUUCCACUGCAUUGCAUGACAGUUGUGGGGAGGGGGAAUCCGAGCCAACAACCCAGGAACAAACACUCGCUCUUCUGGAAAGUCUCAGGGAAUGUUUGAAUGUUUGCGUGCAGUUUUGUCACGACACAAAGAGGGGAAGUUUGAGGGGAAGUGGAGUGAAAGGGAGAAACCCUGCCUCUUUUUGCCAUGAUCUUCAAAAUACCCUUAACUUCACCGGGGUCAGAAUUUCACCUAUGUUACAUCUGCAGUGUUACCGACCCCUCCCAUUUUAUUGCAAGUCAUGUGAAAUUUGGUGUUUUUUUAAAAAGCCCCAGCUCUAGGAGUCCUGUGAUUAUGGGAGCAUCUCAGCUUUAAAAACAAAACAAAAAAAGUUGCUAGCCCUCUUGAUUGUGGAGGUGACCUGAGUGCACCCUAGCGGCUCAGAAACCAGAGCACUGAACCCAAAAUCUCACCCUGUCUGUGCUGCCCUUUCCAUUGGGAACAGCUGCCUUAGCUAACACUCGGUAUUUACUGCUCUUCUCUGAAUGACCCUUGUUUUCUCCACUUGCUGCUUUUCCCCCUUCCCUCCACUCCACCCAGGCCGGCUGACCGUGCUGCCCCAGGAAGCGCUAGUCCAGAUUGGAGGAUCCAUUCAGUUGAACUGCUCCUUGGACUGUCCGGAUGGGACGCCCCAGUGGAAGGGGCUGGACACCAACCUGGGGAACAUCAUCUCCACCCCCACCUAUAGCCUCCUGCUCAUCACCAAUGCUACCGUAGCCAUGGAGGGCACGAAGUUCUGCGUGGGGAACUGCCAAGGGAAGUCCCACCAGGGGUCGACCAACCUGCAAGUGUACUCUCUUCCAGAUACAUUGCAGCUGGAAACCCAGCCCAAGGAGCUGGUGGCUGGGCAGCCAGCCCAUCUCCACUGCUCUAUUAGCAAGGUGUACCCACCCGGCUCCUUGACUCUGAGCUGGUAUCGGGGGGACCAGAGAUUGGAGAGCCCAGACGCUGAAGAAGUGGCUGAUGACGAGGAGCUGUUCAGUUAUGACUCUGAGCUGGAGGUCCCAGGGGAGAAGGUGACAGAGGGCAUGGAGUUCAGGUGUGAGGUGGAGCUGCUGCUGCCGCCAUCAGACAGGAGUUUCCACCGGGCCACAGCGGUGACUGUGAGCACAAAAGCUGUGGCAGAACAGCCCACAACUGAGUCAGUCACUGGCCAAGAGAAUCCCAGAACUGAGUCUCCGGCUACUACAAGGAACCCCCCUGCUACUGACCGCAGCCCCACAACUGGGCUUGGGGCUACUACAGGGAACCCCCCUGCUACUGACCGCAGCCCCACAACUGGGCUUGGGGCUACUACAGGGAACCCCCCUGCUACUGACCGCAGCCCCACAACUGGGCUUGGGGCUACUACAAGGGAACCCCCCUGCUACUGACCGCAGCCCCACAACUGGGCUUGGGGCUACUACAGGGAACCCCCCUGCUACUGACCGCAGCCCCACAACUGGGCUUGGGGCUACUACAGGGAACCCCGCCACAGAACUGACUUCUGCAGAGAGCCCCACCACAGAGUUCAUUGUCACUUCGCACAAGCCCAGUGCCAAAGCCACCUCUGUCCACUGGCUGGUGACCACAGAGACCCUCGCCACCGAGUCCAGGGCUGCCUCACAGCACCCCAGUGCAGGUGCAGCCACAACAGACUGGAGCCCCAGCACUGCCUCGAGUUCUGCUACAGAGAACCCCACCACAGGGGAUGUGGCUAGCACAGAGAACCCUCUGACCAAGAAAGCCACUAGUGACAGGAGCCGCAGAACAGAGUCUGUCUGCAACCUUCAGAUCAGGCCUGUCCCUCCUAAAGGGACCACCGGGGAAGCCCUGAAGAUCAUAUGCGAGGCAGAGUGCGGUGAGAAUGUUACCAUCAGGUGGCUGAAAACCCCUGUGGUGCUCUCUCACUACCAGGAGGAGGCGUCUGAGGGCAAAUCCACCCUGACCGUUGACCGUGUAGGUCUCGACCACCAAGGGAUCUAUGAGUGCUUCAUGCUGAGCAGGAGACUCCAGGUGGCGAGACUCCACAUCGCUGUGUCUGCUGACAUCUUCAGCACUGACUCCGCCAUCCUGGUCGGGACGGCAAGCUCUCUCCUGGGCCUGAUAGUGACAGCAUUUGCGUCACGUCGCCUGUGGCGACGACUCCACCCACCGGGCGUGAAGAGCUCUAAGGGGAACAGCGUUUAGGUGCCUGUGGCCCCGUCGUGACUCGUUUUGAACAUUCAUCCUCUUUCCACUGACCAGCUUGCCCGUUGUUCUGGAAAGCUUGGUAUUCGAGCCAGCCAGGCCCCUCGGCCUGCACCUGGCCAGAGACGGGAGUGGAGGAGCUGCCCGAUGCUUGGGCCGCUGCUGGGAGAGCUGGGUAAAUGGUCAAGUUGGAAGCUGCCCAGCAGAGCUGAGCAGACCUUUGGGUUGACCAGUCUCUUUCCUUUCCUCCACUUCACUCCUUAGCAUCAUGGUUUCCUCUGGUUUCAAGUGCAGUGGGAGCAUUUUGCUCCAAAGUCCAGACAGGUGCUGAGACUUGGAUCCUACAGACACACCUGUGGGACUCAGACAAGAGAUGAACAGCUCACAGGUGUCAGGGUACGGCAGUUUCUAAAACAGACCAAUGGAUUUUCCCUUCACAGUAUAUUGAAAACUCUCUCCUUGCUUGAGGCUUCCGGCCGAGGAGAUGCCAGUAAUAUUUCCUGUAGGAUUGGUUUGAAAUCCCUGAUCCUUUCUGGAUUUGCCACGUUUCUUUUCAUGGUUGCUCCUGUUUUUGUUCCCAAGUAUGUUGGGUAUUUCCAGUGGGGGUGGGGAAGAGAAGAUGGGCGGGCGGGGGUGGGGUGGAAUUUCAGGUGCAUUGAGGGUUGGCUAGGGAGGGACUAGGUGAGACUAUGCUCAGCCUUAGCCCCUUGGAACUGAGUGGAGACUUUAAGCAAAUGCAUAACAGUGACGAACUAUCAAUGUGACGCUCUGUACUGCUCAUACAGCGCCAUCUCCAGGCCCUGGGUUUCUUUGCGCUGAUACUCUGCCGUCCCACACCCUCCUCCUCAGAGACAGGGUUGCAACCCCUUCUGGAGAGGACUGUGGGGCAGCUGCCUGGUUUCCUUCCACGCGGAGAUCGUACAUGCACCAGCCCCAUCUCAGAGAUGGGAUGGAAACUCAAGUCAGUUCAUCUCUGUAUUUAAAACACCCUAAGAAACCCCUCCCAACUGCUGUAAUGUAUCAAACCAGGCUGCUUGUAAAUAACCUGUAUCGAAUGUUGAGAACGCAGUAGACCUGCGGUGCAUACGGAGUUUCUGUUGUAUAGUGAGAACUGCUGCUCUAAUAAAGAGUUGUUUUUACAUAU